AUGGCAAAUAUGAAUACAUCGGACGACUUAUUACAAUGUCCAAUUACAAAGGAACUAUUUCGUGAUCCAGUCUUAGCAUCGGAUGGUCAUACCUAUGAGAGACUAGCGAUCGAACAAUGGAUUCGAAGUAAUGGUACAAGUCCAUUGACACGACAACCGUUAUUCAUUGAACAACUCUAUCCGAAUCGCAAGUUUGUAUUAGAUGUCGAUGUGAAAAAAGGACGAACACUAUUUGAAACAGAUGGAAAAAAGAUUUUUGCCGCUGAGUGGUUACCAGAUAAGAAUAAUCGACCAGCAAUAAUCCUAUUAAAAAUAAGUGGCGCUCGGGCAAGAAAAGAAGCAUCUUUCUACGUAAAUUUAAGUCGCCAUCCACAUAUCAUUCGAACAUUUGGCUUUGUAUGCAAUAGAAACAAUCCCGACCAAAAUAAUUCAGUUCUGCUUUUACAAGAAUAUGCGACUGUAGGAAGUUUAUGUGAUUUAUUAGAGGAUCGAAGGACGGCUCCUGAUGAAAAAGUUCUUAUCCAAAUAUUUUUACAGAUUAUUGAGGCGAUGAUAUGCCUUGCAUCUAAUCACGUUGUUCAUGGUGAUUUAGCGUGUCGUAAUGUCUUAGUAUUUCGUUUUGAUGAAAACCAACCAGAAAACAAUGUUGUAAAAAUCACUGACUUCGGUCUUAGUCGACAUAGUCAAAUAUAUUCAAUGAUACCAUGUACUGCAAGAACAAUAUUGAACAUGGUUCCCAUUCGAUAUGCAGCACCAGAAAUACUUUUAUCAAAUGCCACACCGGAGGUUUAUACGGAAAAAUCAGAUGUUUAUUCAAUGGGUGUGUUAAUGUGGGAAGCAUAUUCUCGAGGUUCAUUGCCAUGGGCGAACAUCGAAAACGACAACGAUGUCAUUCGACGGGUCAUAAAUGGUAAUUUACUAUCUCGACCAUUCAAUUGUAGUGAACCCUUCUGGUCGAUCAUUACAAAAACUUGGUCUACAUCACCAAGCAAUCGUCCAACGUUCAGAGAACUGAAACGUCUUCUGACCGAAAAAUACUAUCGUUCAGGUACUUUUUUAUAUUUAUCAUAA